AUGGUAGGCAAGAUCAUGAAGGCACAGAGGACUAUGAUGGAAGCAGAAUUCAGCCAGGAUAAUAUUACAAAUAUGAAUAGCUGUUCUAUCAAUCAAAUUUAUCACAAGCUGCGAGGUACAUUUGAGAAAGUAAGUUGGAGGAAAGUAGUUUGUCACAAUGGAGGAUGUCCCAGAUGGAAAUUUGUAUUAACUAUGACAGCACAUGAAAGAUUAUAUACAAAGGAUAGAUUGCAAAGAUGGGGAAUGACAGUUGAUCAAGAUUGUAUCCUGUGUAACAAUGAAAAGGAAACCAUACAAUACUUGUUCUUCGAGUGUUCAUAUUCAAAAGCACUGUGGAGUAAACUGUUAGAGUGGCCAGGCAUUGACAGGCCAAGGAUGGGAAGAGGAGCUAAAAUUGGCAGAGAAAUGGGCCAAAAGAAGAAAUGCAACAGCUGA